AGAAGGGCCCCAUUGAACGGGCAGUGGAGCGGCGAUCUCUCUUCAGUCAACGCCACGUUUGACUCCCUCCCUAUUUAUUAAGCGGCUCUCCCCUCUUCUCUCUCACCCGCACCUUCAAAUCCUCUCUUCCGUUUCAUUUUCUCGUACCCGAAAUCAAGCAAUUAAUUGAUUGAUUGAUUAUUGAAAGAGGUGGCCGGUGGGGGGAUUGAUUUGGAUGGCUCCUAAGGAUAUGCCGGCGGCGGCGACGGCGGCGUUCCCGACGGGUGAGAGAAGCGGAAACGGUGUGCAUUACAGGGGUGUGAGGAAGAGGCCUUGGGGGAGGUACGCGGCGGAGAUCAGAGAUCCCGGGAAGAAGAGCCGCGUUUGGCUCGGGACUUUUGACACCGCCGAGGAGGCGGCCCUGGCCUACGACAAUGCCGCCAGGCAGUUCCGCGGCGCCAAGGCCAAAACCAAUUUCCCGCUGCCGGGGGAGCGGAUUCCUCUCGAUUUCUGCGCCCAAUUCGGCGUGAGCAAAAUUACGUCGGAGAAGGCCGGCGGCGGCGGCGGUGGAGGGGGAGGAAAUAGCAACCGCAGUGCCAGCCAGUGCAGCACCGUCGAAUCCUCCAGCCGCGACGGCGGCCGUUUCUCCAGGGCCGCGUUGGCCGACUCGUCUCUGUUGGAUCUCACCGUCGGCGGAUCUGUCGGCAGGUUAACCGCGGUGAAUCUUCCGUACCAGAACCACCAGUUCCACGGCGCACCGGUAGUCGUCAGCGGGUACCCGGCCGCCGCGCAUCCCGGCCACCACGUGUUUUAUUUCAACGCGCUGGCGCGUGCCGGGUCAACUAACCCCCACUUUUCUUCGCUGAAAUUACACAAAUCCGCCGGCAACGCCGCGGCGCAGAGCGAGUCCGACUCGUCCUCGGUGGUCGACAUGAACCGGGAUCUAAGGCCUAACAAAGGCCUCAUUCUAAACCUCGACCUCAACCUCCCACCGCCGGAAACUUUGUGAACCGCCCGGCCGGUCCAUUUCCCCAUUAAAUAAUCUUCUCUUUAUUAUGUAAAUCUUAGACCAAAUUAAGAACUUGAAGCAUUCUGUAAGUUGUCAUCACCGUCGGUUUGAAUACAAGAGCCGAUUUCUCUUCAUUCAAAUUUUGUGCGGCGGUGGAAGCGGCGGAACGGCGGCGGGUGGACUUGUGACGAGACGGGGUUCUUCGAAAUGGAUAUGGCGCGUGUGAGCACGUGAUAUCGGCUUGAGUGAGUACUUUGAUAUUUGUAGAUUACGCAGGUAGAAUUUCU